AUGGCUCCUUCACUAGCAGAGGAGCAGAAGAAGGCAGCGAUGAAGACUGCUCACGCUGCGUUCGCUGGCAAGGCUGACCUGAGUAGGUUCAGCUACCGGCGCCACGAGGAUGGCUCUGUCGAAACUCUCGUCGACGGUCGUGGCUGUCGCGACAAUUCGACUGCCUCUGCCGCUGUUGGAGCGAUGGAUGAUCCAGCAGAUAAAGCAGUAGAUAGUACAGUCCAGCCGAAACCAGCCCAAGGCCCGCCGAGGCAGUACGAGGUGUUCAGCGGCAAAGCAAAUGUCACCCCGAUUUCUCCGGUGAGAGAAGGCAAGCCCAAAUCCUUCACAGAGUUGAUGGCUCGGGUACCGUCCCAGGCGCGUCAAGGCGCAGCCUCGGACGACAACAAAAACGCCGGCGAGGAGCAUGAGGCCCGCAUUGCCGAUGACGAGGAGAACGGCGACGACAAGGAUACAGAGCCGAAUGUCAAGAAGGCCCCGAAGAAACGUGUGUGGAAGACCAACAGAGAGGUGUAUGGUCCUAAUUGGGUCAAUGAGACGUUGUCGAGAGAUGAGUGGGAAGAGGAGCAGAACGAAGGAGAUUGGUACGAGGCCGGGGAGUAG